AUGGCAAAGAAAUUAGUCAAAAGAAAAGCCGAGGCUCCGCCUACCGACAGUGAAGCCAGUCAGAAGAAUGAGGAUGCUCCUCAAAAAAUUAAAAAACAGAAGAAGGAAACCGCGCCUGCAAAACUUGAAACAUAUCAAGCUGGAGGAUUAUCGAGUCUUUUCGGAAAAUCGAGUGAUGGAGGAACUGUUGUUGAAGAUGUUGUUAAAGGAGACACUGUAAUCGAAAAACCAAAACGCAGAAAGUACGAUCCGAAACAAAAAGCAAAGGAGGAAAAUAGUGAUUCAGCUGAAGCUGCUCCUGAGAUUGUGGAAGAUGGUGGAGAAGAAAAUGGAGAGAAGAAAGAGAAAAGAGACAGAACAAAGCAAAGAAACAAUAGAGUUCUUUCGAAAGCGAACGCUCGUUCUUCUGCUGCUGAUAGCGCGAAGACUGUUUUCAUUGGAAAUAUGCCACUGACUAUGAACGAGAAAUCUGUUCGUAAAAUCUUUUCCGAUUUUGGAGCAAUUUCUUCAGUUCGAAUGAGAAACCUGAUUCCAGUCAAUGAAAAACUCACGAAACGCGUCACUCAUCUCUCUGGAAAGCUCAACGAUAAACAGAACUCUCUCAUUUUUUAUGUCAAGUAUAAUGACGAAGAAUCAGUAGAGAAAGCUCUGAAAUAUAACGGAACCAAACUGGAAGAUCAUAUCGUUCGCGUUGACAAAGUCGGAAGUAAGAAGAAAGAAUUCGGAAAAGAUUUGGCUAUUUUCGUCGGAAAUCUGCCUUUUGAUAUCACAGAGGAUGCUUUGAUCACUUUCUUCACUGAACAAAUUGGACAAGUUGAAGCUGUUCGAAUUGUUAGAGAUAAAGCCACUGGAGUAGGAAAAGGAUUCGCUUUCGUCAAUUUCAAACAAGACUCAUCUGUCAGUUUGGCAUUGAGUAUGGAGACGAUCAAAAUGGAGAAACGAGACCUUCGCAUAACUAAAGUUAUGAAGAAAGGGCACUUGACGAAAAUCCAAACGGCAAAGAAAAGAGCACCAAUUGCCAAGAGAAAACAAAACGAAAUCUCCGGAAAAAUGCACAAGUUCAAAUUUUCGACCAAGAAAGAAAGAACAACUGAGCAAAAUGAUCGUCGUGCUCUGAAAAAGUCAGCGAAGAAAGCUAUCAAGAAGAAGAAGGCAUCCAAACAAGGACGACUUAUGGCCUAG